CGCUGUUGCACCUGCCGCUCGCUGACUUGCCUCUGGAGCGGCCCGGGCGCGGCGCGGCGCGGCGCGGCGCAGCGCAGCGCGGCGAGCAUCUCCGCGGGCGAUCGGCGCGAUGGAGCCGCUGCCGCUGGCGCUAGGACUGGCGGCGUUGCUGGGUUUUUCUUCCGCUGUGCUGCAAGUUGAGGUUGCGCGCUCUUCAGUGGUGGUGAUCCAAGGGCAGCAGGCCAUACUGCCAGUCUGGUACACAACCCACAGCCACAGCGUGCCGUAUCUCACAUGGCACUUCGCAAGACUGGGAAGCAGCAAUCAUGUUCAGAUCAUGGCAUAUAUGAGCGGAACAACACAAGUGUCAGAUCAGAAUCUCAAGGGGCGUCUUGGCUUUUUGUACUCCAUGCCUUCUCACAACGUCUCGCUUGCCAUUAAUAACACCAAAGAAACAGACGCUGGCCAGUACAUGUGCACAGUUAACAUUCCAGAUGACAGCAUGGGGAGAAAUAUCGGACUAGUCAACCUUACUGUUCAUGUCCCGCCAUCACCACCAAAGUGUCAAGUACAGGGAAGCCCCCUUGUUGGGGGAAAUAUCACCAUGACCUGCCGUUCAGCUUUGGGCAAGCCCAGCCCAAUGUACCACUGGCAACGCACGGGACCCAGCUCUGAGUUCUUCUUCCCACCUGCGCAAGAUUUUGUGAAGGGGACCCUCAGGCUAACGAAUCUCACCACAGGUAUGUCUGGAACCUACUUCUGCAACGCCACCAGCAAAGCCGGCUAUUCCAACUGCACCAUCACCCUGGAGGUGAAUCCACCAUUCAAUGCAGCAGUGGUGGCUGGUGCUGUGGUAGGAACCCUCAUUGGAAUUGGCCUGGUCAUCUUGUUUGCGCUUCAGAUGUUGGUCUACAGAAAGAAAAAGAAAGACAGCCAAGAGGAAAUGGCCAACGAGAUCAAGGAAGAUGCUGUGGCUCCAAAGACACUCUCCUGGGCAAAAGGUCCUGCUUCAGAUGCAGUCUCCAAGAAUGGCACUUUGUCGUCGAUGAACACGACCCAAGACCACAAACUGUACCUGGCCAAGCCCGCCUCGGACACGGCUUCCAUCACCACUGCCACCGGCAGCACGGUGGGCUUCAAGCCCCCCUUCAACAACCCCCGGAGUGGAACGCUCACUCCCACCCCCAGCCUCUCCAGCCAGUCUUUGCCCCUCUACUUCCCACCCGUGGUCAAUGGGGUCUAUUGCCACCAUGCCAACGUGCCAGCCCAUAGGAACACCCUCCACAGGACAAAUGGGGCUCAGCCCCAGGCCCCCCGGCAGCCAGACCCCCCCGCCCCUCAAGGGCUCACCUCCUCCACUCUUGCCCGGAUGGGGGCAGUGCCUGUCAUGGUGCCCGCCCAGAGCCAAGCUGGAUCGUUGGUGUAAAAGUGUGCUGGUUCUCAUGACUCUCCAUGGGGCAAGUUGUUCUCCCAAACCUGAGUGAAGCAGAGCCUGGAAAGCCUUGUUCAGCGCUGCCUGCCUGCUUGCCUGCCUUCAGAGUGCCAGCGUGCGUUUUGUGGUAUGCCGACAAAGGAACCCUUCCCAUUGCAUUGCCAUAAACGGGACUCCACGGGGGCUUCAGAGACGUUUGUAACCGGAGAAGCUUGUUCGGGAUUUGCUCUUCCGCGCAGUGCACAAGUCCAGCCCGUGGACUUGGGAAGCCUCAGAGGCGGAGUUUCAUUGAACAAAUACCAGCAGAUCUCUCUUCUGUCCUUUUCUUUUUCGGAGGUGUCAUUUGUCCCGCUUCCCUGACCUUUUUAUUUAGUUUUAGAAAAAGCUGGGCUGGGAGUGGCUAUCUUUGCUUAGUAGAAUGUGUGAGGGGGGAGAUCCGAGACCUGCUGGCAGAGUAGGAUGGACCCCUGACGCCCCCUGUCCAAGAUGACUCCAGGUGCUCAGGAGGAGAAGGCAAAGGCAGGGCACUCCAUGGAUCUGUACAACUGCAAAGCAGCUGCCAUUUCUCAACACUCAUUUAAAAACAAACAAACAAAUGGAUUUCUAGACCACGGGAUGGAAGCAUUCCCUUGGGAGUGACUUGCCAGAGACUUUCCCUCUCUUUCCCACUUUCCACCCCCUUUUCUUGAUCUUCCUCUCUCUCUGCCCCCAUCUUCCACUUUCUGCCCCCAUCCAGAGGGCGCCAGGGGCUCCAGCUUCCACUGGGCUGCAGUCUAAACUUCUCAGGAGCUAUCCAUGGUGCUGACCCGCAGGCCAAAAAAAUAAAGCUUCAGUGCCAUGGAUUGCUCCUUUAAUAUUCAGAGGGAAAUCCAGAGUGGAGACACUGGCCUCGAAGGACACUGGAGGCACCAGCCAUUGUUGCUGGCACCCUCAUCUCUCAUCUCUCCCCAGCCCUGCUUGUCUCUCUUUCUACCCAGCAGGCUGCCAGGGGAGAAAGAAAGGUCUGAACUGAUUGCUUAUAGAGGAGUUUUGAACUUAGGCUAAGGGCUCCAUGGAAUUAGUCUGAGGGUAGCCUGCAGCUCCUGGACCACAGGUUGGUCAGUCCUGGUCUAGGCCAUUAAACCAAGUGAGCGCUGCCUGUGGAAUUUGCAAAGGUCAGAGAAGGUUCAGUAGAAUUUCCAGAGAGGAGCAGAUGGCGCUUCAGUGCCCUCCUUGACUUACUGUCCCUUGCCCACGACUGGCAGGAGCAAAGUGAAUGACGUAGAAUGAAGGGAAUAGAUGCAGAUCAGCCUAAUUGGCAUAAUGUAUGCUGCUCUUUCUUGACUGCAAAAUUGGGAUUACCCUUGGUGCAGAGAUUCUGCAGUGCCGCUUCUGUUCUUAAAUAGCUUUUGCAGGAGCAAAACUGUCUGUAUCCUGGGACAACAUAACUCAGGGGUAGGCACAGCUCAGUACAGUCUGCUAUGUAGGAUCAGAUGGAGAGAAGUCAGCCAGCUACCAGAUGAGAGCACAACAGACUCAUAUGCUGAGUUUUUCCAUGAGAUGUUAAGAAACAGUUUUUCAUCGGGACAGCUCAAAUUCAUCAUGGGAAAGAGACGCUAAAUCAAGGAAUGCUAAUUCUCAUUUUUGAACUCCAACUCUGUUUCAUACACACAGGUUUAGCUUACAUGAAGCAGUGGUGGGAAAGAGUCUACUUUUGCAAGCCCAUCAAAAUGAAGGGUUUGGACACUCGUCUGUAACUGGAAGGUUUCUUGCCCCACAGGUUAGCACAAACCCUACUGAGCAACCUUCCUCAACUUGGCAGCUUCCAGAUAUGUUGGACUGCCUGCCUCAAGAUUUGGCUGGGGAGAAUCGCAGGGGUAUCCAACACAACUGGACGCAUUUAGUUUGUGGUUGUUGAACAGAGAACAACCAUCUGGCAGCCACCCAUUCUGCUAUUACUACACUGAAAGCUCAGGAGCAGCACCCAUAUUCCCCACCGUGCCUGGGUGAAACACCAGUUCCUGUUCGGCUGGUAUUGGUCAUGCACCACUAGAAAGCAAUGGCAGGGUGUUCUGUUCCAGGCUGUGCUCACAGUCAGGAGUGAAGGCUCAAACUGAGGGUUAGCUUUACAAGACCUCCAAGUAGAACUCAGGCAAGCCCUUCGCAGAGGCAGACUUAACAGAUGCUUCCACAGCAGAUGAACCCAGCUAGUCCUAGACUUCGGUAAGGAUGCAGCUCAGUCUGCGAACCAUUGCCACUUUCUUGGAGAGAAACUUCUUGCAUUAAAGGGGCCCUGGCCGUGUUGGCAUCUAACAGCAUUGUGGAGAGCAAGCGCCAUCCAGUCCAGCCUGGAGCCUGAGGAUGGCCGUGCAACUUCCCAGAUGGGGAGAUGAUGGCAGAGGGCCGCUUGUGUGCUGGGGCUCCUGGGAAAGGAGGUUGUCCAGGCUCAGUGCUGAGGGGAAUUUCCCCCCUGACUGCACCACCUCCGGAGAGUCCGUGGUGUCAACCCCUGAAAGUGGAGAGAUUUACCUGGGGGCAGGGCGCAGCGCGGCCGGGGGGUCGGCCAAAGUUGCUAUGAUUAUGUACGCCCUGUGCAAGCACCUGGCCUUUGUCAAAGGCCACUAGUUGCUCAGGAACAUGGGGGAGGGGGUGUGGCUGCUACAUUCAUGUCCCUUGGUGGGCUUCCCAUGGCAGCUGCUUGGCCACCAGAUGCUGGACUGGAUGCACCCUUGGUCUGAAGUCUGAUGAGAAGGGACCAUGGCUCGUUAGAGGAGUGCGGGGUUUGUGUGUCAAAGGUCUCAGAUUCAGUCUUUAGUGCUAUCUCCAGGUGGGUGGACAGUGCUCUUGUUUCACCAAUGGCAGCAUUUAGGGCUUCGAGGUAGACAGGACUGCACUAGAUGGACAACUUGUCCCUUCUAGUACAAGGCAGCUUCCUAUGUUUCAAGAAAAGUCUUCAAUAUCUCUGCACCUUUGGUGACCAAAGACCACAAUCCUCUCAGUCCUUGGUGGAAAGACAAUGGGACUUGCUUUUGAGUAGACUUGUCCCGGAAUGCACUGCAAGUAGACCGCUAGGUCCAGUGUCCAAACCGCUGGCAACAGCCGGGUCGUGUCCAUGACUGUUCAAUAAUUGCAAAGAUUGUUAAAGCGAUUUCUAGCUGGGUUUGAAGAUGCAUGGGGCCCACACGGCAACCUUUCUUGUUUUGUUGUGAAGACUUUGUCCAAGGCCCCUUGUGCCACUGAGCCUUUUCUGCCUCCCACUCCCCUUAAAAAAUCCCACCAUGAUUUAAACCUUUAUGCUCCGGUUUCAAAUCCUGCACCUGAUUUGGGCUCUGAGAAUGGAGAUGUUUUGUCUGGCUUGUGUCUUCUGCCCCUUUGUGACCUGCGCAGGAACGGCACCCAAACAGCUUUCCAAGAUCCAGGGGUUAAGGCUGGAUGCUGCCAUGGUGCUUAACCAAAUCUUUGCAUCUUAACAAGAUAGCCCCAGCUUGUGCAUCUAACUUGUAUGUAACAUUGUAGAGUAACCUUUUAUCAGAAUAUCCUAACCAUGGAUUCUUUCAUGGCGCCUUCAGCAUUUUAAUACAUAUUGUGCAAUUAUUAUGUUUAUUCAAUGAACAAUUUUCAAUAUUUUGUUUCUUUUUUCUUUUUGAUACACACACACACACACACACACACACACGCACUACAUAAUUUAUACAUAUAGGUAUUAACAGGUCUGUGAAUCUGGACUAGAGUCCUUCAACCAUUUUCAUGCUGGCUAUUUUUUUUAUUGGCAAUCAGAUCCUUCUGUUGCAUAAGAAGGUAGGAAGACACUGAAAUAUUUUAUGUACAGUUUCAAACUGUAUUAUUUUUCAUAAAUGUUCAUUAAAAUAUUUGUUUUUAUAUUUAAAAA